UCGUUUAGCGGUGGGAGUCAUCGCGACCGAUUCGUUUUCCGUCUAUUUGCACCGAAUACCGACCGAGCCAGCCGUAGCCAUGCCCGGGAUAGAGAAGCUACCGAUAGAGGAGACGCUGGAGGACAGUCCUCAGACACGCUCUCUGCUGGGAGUGUUUGAGGAGGACACUGCAGCGAUGUCCAGCUACUGUUCACAGCUCUAUCAGGCCAUGCAGAGGAUUUAUGAUGCACAGAAUGAGCUCAGUGCUGCGACACACCUGACCUCCAGACUGCUGAAAGAGUACGACAAACAGCGUUUUCCUCUCGGGGGCGAUGACGAGGUGAUGAGCUCCACCCUGCAGCAGUUUGCGAAAGUCAUUGAUGAGUUGAGUUCCUGUCAUGCUGUCUUGUCCACCCAGCUUGCAGAUGCCAUGAUGUUUCCCAUCACUCAGUUUAAAGAGAGAGACCUGAAGGAGAUCCUCACUCUAAAAGAAGUCUUCCAAAUAUCCAGUGAUGAUCACGACGUAGCCAUUAACAGAUACAGCCGCCUGUCCAAGAAGAGGGACAACGACAAGUUGCGGGCGGAGGCCGUGGAGGACGUUUACACCUCCCGCAAGAAACAGCACCAGACCAUGAUGCACUACUUCUGCUCGCUGAACACGCUGCAGUACAAGAAGAAGACGGCCCUGCUGGAGCCGCUGCUCGGAUACAUGCAGGCCCAGAUCAGUUUCUUUAAACUCGGCUCAGAAAAUCUCACCCAGCAGUGGGAGGAAUUCCUGGGAACCAUAGGAACCAGUGUCCAGAACGUGCGUCGGGAGAUGGAGGAGGGGGUCGGGCAGAUGCAGGAGACCAUCCAGGAGAUGGAGAGAUCAUGUGACCAGCUGUACGCACCGUGUGACCCUGACCCCGCCCACUCGCCCGUCUGUCGCAACCUGACCAGGAAACAGGGCUACCUGUGCAUCCGCAAUAAGACGGGGCUGGUGUCUUCCUCCUGGGAGCGUCAGUACUUCUUCACGCAGGGCGGUAAUCUGAUGCAGCAGGGCCGCGGCGAGGUGGCGGGCGGGCUGCUCACAGACCUCGACAACAGCUCCGUCAUGGCGGUCGACUGCGACGACCGGCGCUUCUGCUUCCAGGUCACUUCCUUCGACGGCAAGAAAGUGGUGACGCUGCAGUCGGAGAGCAGGAAGGACUGCGAGGAGUGGAUCUCCACCAUCAACAACAUCUCCAAAAGGAUCUACCUGAGUGAGAACGCGGAGGAGCUGGCAGCCCGAGUGAACCAAUCAGCUCUUGAGGCCGUGACGCCGUCGCCGUCCUUCCAGCAGAGACACGAGAGCAUGAGGCCGGGCAGUAAAGGGCGUGCGGGCCGAGCGAGCAGCAUCAGCUCCGUGGGCUCCGAGGCGUCGCCUGCCCUCUCUGUGCUCUCAUUCGAUGCCCUGGUUGCCCCGGAAACACCCAUCCAGUUCGACAUCAUAUCCCCCGUCAGCGAGGAGAACUCAGGACAGAGCAAGACGGCAGCACAGUCCGGCAGAAGGAGUAAUCCAUUUGGGGAGUCAGGAGACGGCACAUCAGAAGACAGUGAAGACUCCAUCCUCCACCAGCUCUAUAUCGUUCGUUUCCUGGGCUCCAUGGAGGUGAGGACCACCGAGUCAGCAGACGUCAUCCCCGAGACCAUGAGGCAGAUCCUGGCAGCCAGAGCGAUCCACAACAUCUUCAGGAUGACCGAGUCUCACCUGCUGGUCACCUGCGACUGCCUCAAACUCAUCGAUCCUCAGACACAAGUCACUCGACUCAGGUUCCCUCUCACCAGUGUGUUCCAGUGUUCGUCCCAUCAGGACAACAAGAGGCUGUUUGGUUUCGUCCUGCAGUCGGCCGGCGGGCGGGGGGGCGACAGCCGAGCCGUCUGCUACAUCUUUGAGUCCAACAACGACGGAGAGAAGAUCUGUGACAGCGUCGGUCUGGCCAAGCAGAUAGCCUUCCACUCCGAGAUGGACCGUAAGGCCGUGGAGAAGAGGAAGGAGGUCGACAAGGCUAAAGAGAAACAGCAGGAGGAACUCAGCAAACAGAAGCAGAUAGAGAAGGAUCUGGAGGAGCAGAGCCGCUUGAUCGCCGCCUCGAGUCGCCCCGCCAACCCGCCCGCCGCUGACGGACAGUUCCUGGUGCUUAGCAACAGCCAAUCGGAGGACAGCGAUGCCGGGGAGGAGGGGAAGAAGAAGGGCGAGUCUGAGGCCUGACGGAGCUAAACGGAGGAGGCGUGUUUUUAAAAAGCCAGGCGAGUCCCAGCUGGUACCGUCAAAAGCUCAGGAAUCAGAGGAGGGGAAACACCACCCGCCCGCCCGGGCUGCCUGCGACUGCAAAAACAUGCGCUCCCCCUCUCUGGCUGGACUCUGUGAGCCUAGGAUGAACUAAACGCAGCCUCACUACAAGAGUGGAGGAAGAGGAGGAAGAGGAAGAGGAGGAGAGCAGUAUGAGUGGAAACGUCUCGUCACAGACUUUUGUUUUUAUUUUGUGUAGAAAGAAAAGAGAAAAAAAACGCUGCUUUUUAUACCAGCUCUCCAGAAAAGGACGCAAAUAUAGAUUUAACCUGCAAGUUCCUGUUUUGUUUUUUUUAAUGGUUAUUUUAUAAAAGAGCUAACGGCAACAACGGAGAAUUUAAAGCAACACAAAAACCUUUCGGAAUAAUGAAACACGAUCUGAUGGAGGCAAAGUCAGAUCUGGACUUCGACAGGAGGUGAAGGUUUCCUCGAGAUCCCAGAGGGCACAGAACAAAAAGAGAAGACGAAAGGAGGGAGAGGGAGUCUUAUUUUGAAAAGUCCUUCCUGUUGUUCAUGGACAUUUCUUUAUUUGCAUCCUGCAGUGUUUGAUUCUUUUAAAAAUCAUCUUUCCUUCCUUCCAGGUCGUCACUGGUUUUCACUCAUUUUCAUUCACUUAACGGCAGAAUGAAAAUCAUCUUGUCAAGUCUUGAAUCUCGCUGAACCAGAAGUCAAUCGAUCAAGUUGAACAGAAAAUCUGCAAUUAUUUAAAUGAUUGAUCAUUCAUGGUUCCAGCUUCUCAAGUGUGAGAAUGUGUGGGUACUUUUGACUGCUUUCAGUUGUUGUACAGACCAACUGAUUAAUCGAGAAAAAAAACUGAUCAGCAGAUAAAAUCGACAAUAAAAAUAACUUAGUUGCAGCCCGACGUCAUAAAGAACAUCAUGACUACAUCAGAGUGAUAAAACGUGAAAUCAAUAUUCAUUAAUAGUUUAUCAAGAACAACUGAACGCAGUUGAUUAAUUACACACAUCAUCUGGUCAGGAUCUGGUUGAUUUGCUGGUUAAAAUUGGGCUAAAUUUGGUUGAAAAAUAUAUAUUUUUAAUACACUUUGUUGCCGACACCUUCAAACGAAAUUACAACAUAUCCUGUUUCUCUUUGCCUCAAAUUAAACGUUACUACAACGUUCUAUAAAUACAGAAAUGUAUGAAAGAAAUUGACAAACGAGGAUGAAUCCAAAUACUGAAAUACUGUUGUAACAUUUACAUUCUUCAAGAAAAUGACAAAUUGAGCUUUUGAAUUUGACUGUUUUGCUUUGUGAAUAUAUUUUUUUAAAGUAAAACAAAAUACAAAUCAUGGUAAAACUUCAGAUCCACAAAGCGUGCCCAAGUAGAAGAAAACUAAAGUUUCAGUCCUAAAUAUCUUUAAUUAGCAUUUACAGUUACUUCUUCACAGUGAAACCACAUUGAGCCCAGUUUGCACCAGAUGCUCAGUUUAUUGACCUGGAAAUCUCCCUGAAAAUGAUCUGUUCUUUUACAAAAAUAUCAACCACUGUAAUUUCUAGUAUCAUUUAAUAUCAUAGAAGUUCAAAUUCUGCUCCUCUGGGGUCAAAGUUCAGCUCUGCUUAAUCAAAAAAAAUCCUUUUCUUGUGUCAGAAAAUGAGAAAACAAAAACGCCUUCAUCGACCGCCAAUGCAAAUAACUUUAUGUCCCAUAAUUCACAUUUUUCUGUAUUUCGUUGGGGGGAAUUGUGGGAAACAGAAUCAUUAGUUGUUUUCUGUCCAGCGCCUCAUGCGGUUUGUGUGUGUGUGCGCUUGUGUGUGUGUGCGCGCGAAACUACAGAAUCAAUUCAACCCUUUUCAUAUUAAGAUUUUUUUAUUCCACAUAUCUGCAACUUCUGCCUCUUACAAAAUGAAUAGUUGCAUGAAAGUAGUGCUCAUUAAUAAUAAUAAUAAUAAUAAUAAUAAUAAUAAUCAUAUUUUAUAUCAUAUUCUUUCUUGGUCCAUUAAGAUGAAUAACACAAGCACAAAUCUGAUCAAAUGAUCUCCUCACUUUGGCCAUAUUUGUUGACGGUUCUCCAUUUUGAAAACUGAAAAAAAAACAGUUGAAGAAAAUUUAUAUUUUACGUUCUGCCAAAUAAUCAGCUGAGUCGGCGUGUUUCUCCUCACGCCUCAAUAUUUAUCUGUGCUCUUACAAAAAAAAAAGUUUAUCCGUGUCGUUUGCUUGGGACCGCUUUCUGUUUUUCACAGGUUUUUAUUCAUUAAUCUGCCUUUUAUCAGUGUUGAUCUGUAGAAGAAAAACAUCUAUAUGUGGGGGAUGUAAAAGGUCAGAGGUCACAGCCUCCUGAGGUGGACCUUAAGAUGGAGAUGAUGUUUCUAAAAAGCCUAAAUCAACGGUUACUGGUGAUGAUUUUUAUUGUUUUUAUUUUGGGAGGCUGUUUUCUUGCUGUGUCCAGGUGAAGAACUCGUGUUGGGAGUGGAGCUGCACUUUACUGACGCAGGAAAACAGGAACGAUGAUGUUUGACUGUAAAUAUGUUUCAGUGAUAAUUGUUUCAGUGUCAUAAAUGAUAAUUAAAAAAAAGUGAUAAAUAAAAAGCACUA